AUGUCGCCGCCCAAGUCCUUCUACUACGCGUUCAUGCAGCGGCACUUGACGGCGGUGACGCUUCUCGCGACGGCGCUCACGGACGUGGCCAACACCGCGCUCUUGCCGUCGCCGACCAACUGCUACGUGGGCACGACGCUCGGGUGGCUCGCCUCCGGCGUCUGGACCGCCUGCCUCGUCGCGCAGCUGCUCAAGGACGAGUUCUACUCCAAGUGCCGCGGCCUCAGCAUCCUCUGGGCGUGGAUGAACUUGACGGCGGCGUCGCUCAACGGCCUCGCU